CUUUCUCUCUCUAAUUUUUGUCUAUAAUUGUACUUUUCACUUUUUUCUCCUUAAAUUAUCCACUUGCUUUGUACUUUUAUCUAACUUUUGUCUAGCUUUUUUCCAUUUUUAAUGUACUUUUUUCACUUCUCCUCCCAUUUCUUAAAUACUGUGAAAAAAACAUAGUAGGAAUUAUAUUAUGAGACGGAGGGAGUAUAAAACAAAUAUUUGGCAAACGGCAUAAGUUAGACACGCGCCAUGAGGGAGAGGACGAGAGGCUAGGGAACAAAUAUAGUACAAUUAUCCAAAAGCAGAACAAACAAAAUCCUCCAAUUAAAAUCAUCAAAAAAUAAAAGUAAAUGUAAAAUUUCUCUUCAAGUCCUCUUUUGUUUUAAUAACUUUAAUUAACUUUUUAUUACUAAUUGAUUUUUAAAAAUGUCUAAAAACGUAACCUCAAAUUCCAGCAAAAUUCCUUUGCCUUAUAGUAGUGGUUAAUGGUUUUCCCCUGUUAGUUGAAAAUUAAAUACUCAUAAAGAAAUAUUCCACCAACAAUUAAAAAUCAAAUUAUUGCUCAUAAAAAUUCCUAAAUAUUAAAAUCCAGCAAAAAAGCCUAACAACAGAUUACCCAAUUCAUCUACCUAGAUUCCCAUAUCUUUGCUACAAAUUUUUUUCUUUCUCCAUGCAUUCUCUUAAUCUUCAUUACAUUGCUACAAUUCCAUACAAAAUUCUUGAUUUUUCUGAAAAAAUUGCAUUAAUUUUACGAAUUCAUAUUAUUAAGGAGCCUUAAAAAUGGCGGUUUUUUAAUGGCUAAACAAAUUUUCAUGAUUUCGUUUUGUGGUCAAGUGAGGCUAGAGAUGAGGACACAACAAGAAAAUGUAGAUACAAUAACUCAUGUUCGAGGUACCUCUCUUUACGAACUUUUACAGGCAGAAAGACUACAGGCAGAACAAGAACAGGCAGAAAGACUACAAUUAGAACAAGAACAUGCAGAAGAAAUGCAAUUAGAACAACCGCAUACAGACAGAAAACAGUCAAAACCAAAAAAGAAAGAAAGAAGAGAAUCAAACCAAGAACAGGUAGAAAAUCUACAAUCAGAUCAAGAGCAGACAGAAAGACUACAAUCAGAUCAAGAGCAGACAGAAAGAAUACAAUCAGAAAACGAGCAGGCAGACAAGCAAUUUUCUGAAAAUCAACACUCUGGAAAAGCACCAACAGAUAAACAUUGUAAAAGCAACAAAUCAAAAAGAGAAAAGCAUGCUUCAGGCCCUCAAAAGAAGCUAGAGCUACUGCUAUCUCACUGUGGAAAUAGAGAAUGUGCAGACUGUGGCACCCCAGAACCAAAAUGGGUGUCUAUGGGUGUUGGCGUAUUCAUCUGUAUCAAGUGCUCUGGUAUUCACAGAAGCCUUGGAGUACAUAUAACACAGGUUUUAUCAGUGAAGCUUGAUGAUUGGACAGAGGACCAAGUAGAUGCCCUAGAAGAAAUGGGAGGAAAUAUAGUAGCCAACAAAAAGUAUGAAGCCUGCAUACCUGGAAACAUAUUGAAACCAAAACCAGAUUCUGCUAUAGAGGAGCGCUCUGAUUUUAUCAGGAGGAAGUAUGAGCUACAACAGUUUAUAAAUUCAGAUGAAUGUCUGAUGUGUCCAUAUCCACGUCCUACAUGUUCAUCAACCUAUAGAAGUCCGUCAGCCUAUCGAACUUCAUCAAGCAAGAAUCUAAUGUUAUCACUCGAUAAGAAACACAUAGAGAAACAAGUAAGUAGCCUUCGCAUUACAGGAAUUGGGCAUGCGUUCCGUGGUAGCCGCCAUAGCUCGAAAAGAAAAGACGAGCACAAAAGUUCUAAAAACUGUGAUUUGAUGCCAGGUAUGACUGAAUUUGUUGGACUGAUUAAAGUAAAUGUGGUCAGAGGCACGAACCUUGCUAUCCGAGAUAUGGUAUCUAGUGAUCCAUAUGUCAUCCUCUGUCUGGGACAACAAUCAGUGAAGACUCGUAUUAUAAAGAACAACCUGAAUCCAGUCUGGAAUGAAAAGCUGAUGCUGUCAAUUCCUGACUGUUUGCCACCCUUAAAGUUGCUUGUGUAUGACAAGGACACCUUCACCACGGAUGAUUUUAUGGGCCAAGCUGAAAUUGACAUCCAACCCUUGGUCUCUGCUGCGAGGGAUUUGGAGAAGUCAACACAAAAUGGAGCAACCCAGCUUGGGACAUGGGUUGCAAGCGAAGAUAACACCCUUCUAAAUGACAGCAUUAUCUCCCUUGUAGAUGGGCAAAUAAAGCAGCAAUUGUCUAUCAAACUGCAGAAUGUAGAAAGAGGAGUCCUAGACCUUGAGCUCGAAUGUGUUCCACUCUCUCAAUAGUAGGGGAUCUUGAAGUAGACUUGUGAUGAAUCCACACUGUUUGUUAGGAUUUUGUUUACGGAAGAAUAGGUUUAACCAACAACCAACCCCCCCCGGGAAAAAGUUGAUGGGGGGAAAACGGGGUCAUUUAAACCCCUUAAAUGCAUGUGUAGAAGCUUGUGUUGUAUUUUUUCUGUACAGGAUAGUUAGCUUUGAGCUUACCAGAAAAGAAAUGUAAAUCCCUCUUUACUUUUUGUCUUUGUUAUUAAGUAUAUAACAUUGUUGUUUAGAAGCUACAAACAUUGAUGUAAUAGUAACCAUGAAGUGUACAUUCAUUUAAAAUUGAAACUCAGCUAGAAUCUUAUG